AUGGAAACCUCCAAUCGAGCUUGCGUGUGGGUUGCAGCGAAAACCGUCGAAGUGCAAGAAAGACCCAUUGAACCAGUCGGUGACAACGAUGUCCUUGUCCAAGUCAUCUCGACAGGAAUCUGCGGCUCCGACUGCCACAACUGGGAAAGCGACAAAGUGUCAAGACAGUUGGUCCUUGGGCACGAGUCUUCUGGCAUCAUCAAAGAAGUGGGCAAAGCUGUCACCGACCGAGUCGUUGGCCAGCGGGUGGCUAUUGAACCAGGCUUCGCCUGCAUGACCUGCGAGUUCUGUGUCAGAGGAAACCCUAAUAUCUGCGCAAACCUCAAAUACUGCGGGCUCGACCCCACCGACGGAACACUGUGUCAAUACUUUACCUGCCGAUCGUCGAUGACCGUACCGAUCCCCGAGAAUGUAUCAUGGGAGGAAGCUGGCGCAAUUCAGCCCCUGGCAAUCGCUGUACAGCUUGCUCGACGAGCCUCUCUUAACUCGCACCAGACACUUGCCAUCUUUGGUUGCGGCCCUCUGGGACUACUGAUCUUGGCCGUUGCGAAAGCAUACGGUGUGAGAAAAGUUGUCAUGUUCGACAUUGAACAAUCGCGAGUGGAUUUUGCCGUCAAAUAUGGCGCUGAUGCUGGCAUUGUCCCUCCGAGGCGGGAAGAGUCAGUGGAGCCCCUUUCUUUUGCCCAAGACUACUCGUCUAGCCUAAUCAAGGAUUUGGGUCUGGGUUCAGGCUUUGACGCGAGUGUCGAGGCCAGCGGUGCAGAAGUGUGUGCUCAAAUGGCUAUUUGUCUAUUAAAGAAUGGUGGAACAUGUAUUCAAGCAGGCUUGGGCAAAUCCUUGACUUCAAUCCCCUUGUUUUUAUUGACAGCAAAGGAAUUAAAUCUUAAAGGUACGGUCAGAUAUACUCCGGGCUGCUUUGCAGAUGCCAUCGAUCUACUCAGCCGCAAAAAGGUAGACUUGAAGCCCUUGAUUACUUCCACCUACCCUUUAACGAAAUGCGGAGAGGCCUUUGAAGCACAGCAUAGCCGCAAAGAUAUCAAGAUUGUUAUAAUGAAUCAAGAAUAG